CUUUACUGAAUUGAGUUGUUAUAGCAGCACUCACAAAUAGAGUAGAACAGUGUAUUGCCCUUGCGAUGCUGGGGCUUAGGGAUAUUUUACUUUUUGGCUUGACUGUGGUGACAGCAAGCUGUUUAAGGAUUGGUCAUGCUGCUUUUUCAGGUAUGGGUUUUUCUCAUGGCACCAUUGCCAACAGAACACUCAAUUUUGGCAAGCUUAUUAUUGGCAGUGGUGUAUCCAAUGAUUCUGCUGAAAGACAAGGAGAACAGCCUAAUGGAUACUGGUCUGAUGAACAAGCAAAAUUUCAACUUGCUGAGGCUAAGCUGAAACGCCUGGGUCCUUCGGUGCACUGUGGUAAUGAUGCUAUGACCCUGCGUGUUCCUGGCCUAAAAAUGCCCCACUUCCUGGUUGAUAGAGGAGUGGGGUCUCCAGUGCCUGUGUCUGAGAUCCCUGCCAGCUGUGGUAUCUCUGUGAAGAGGGUUCGUCGGGAUGUUUCGUUUUCUGUUCCUUUCCGUGGCUGUCCUGUCCGACAACAGAGUGGAAGUUAUAUUCUGUCUCUGAUUAUAAUGGGGGCACCAGUGCAGGCAUCAUGCCCUGCAAGUUUUCUGCUUCCGACGGUUUCUGCUCCCCUUCCUACAGUUUCUUGCUUGCCCACUGGAAUGGUUAUCUCGCUUGGGUUCAGGGCUGAUACUGUAAAGAUCAAAGUUGAUGGAUUAUGGCAACCCCUGCUGUUAGAGUACUCUAAAUGUGGGUUCACAUUGGUUACUGUUGAUGGUGCUCUGGUGGUUACAGCACCAUUUACUGGAGGCUGUUGGGUAAUGAAGCUGCCCCCACCGGACUUGAGUGGCCUGGACCGCCAACAGCUGCCCCCACCGUACCUUCUGCUGACCCUCAAGUACCCCUAACUGUUUACCCUUUCCCUGAGUGGCCUGGGCCGCCAACAGCUGCCCCCACUGUACCUUCUGCUGACCCUCAAGUACCCCUAACUUUUUACCCUUUCCCUGAGUGGCCUGGGCCGCCAACAGCUGC